AUUCUGUUCUCUGCUGUAUAAGAUGACCUGGGUGGUAAUGGCCCGGUGCAAGAUCUCUAACAAGCAGCUUUUGCAGCUGCACGUCCAACACACAUCUGUCCAUCGCUUAUAACCACGGGUAAUGACCAGGCACAGAAUCAACCCUGGAGAUGCCGAAGAGAAGAGACAUUCUUGCCAUCGUGUUAAUCGUGUUACCUUGGACUCUGCUCAUCACUGUUUGGCACCAGAGCGCCAUCGCCCCCCUGCUCGCUAUCCGAAAGGAUGAUGGAGCUGGUGAAGGCAGACGUGACACAGGAAGCCAAACGAGCGACUCAAAGGAGUUCUGCUCCUCUGAUAAGGACAUAGUGGAGGUGGUGCGCACCGAGUACGUGUACACACGGCCGCCUCCAUGGUCUGAUGCCCUGCCUACCAUCCACGUUAUCACACCAACCUACAGCCGGCCAGUGCAGAAAGCUGAGCUAACUAGGUUGGCCAACACCUUCCUGCACGUCCCCAACCUGCACUGGAUCCUGGUGGAGGAUGCGCAGAGGAGGACCCCACUGGUCACGCGUCUGCUGAGGGAGACGGGCCUCAACUACACGCAUCUGAACGUAGAGACGCCUCGUAACUACAAGCUGCGAGGGGAUGCACGGGAUCCCAGGAUCCCACGGGGAACCAUGCAGAGGAAUCUGGCUCUCCGGUGGCUACGGGAGACCUUCAGCCCCAACAGCACUCAGUCAGGCAUAGUCUACUUCGCUGAUGAUGAUAACACCUACAGUCUGGAACUCUUUGAAGAGAUGCGCUCCACGCGUAAGGUGUCCGUUUGGCCCGUAGCUUUUGUCGGAGGUUUGCGCUACGAGUCCCCCAAGGUCAACGCCGCUGGCAAAGUGUACGGAUGGAAAACGGUGUUUGAUCCUCACCGGCCUUUUGCUAUUGAUAUGGCGGGAUUUGCCAUCAACUUGCGGCUCAUCCUGUUCAAACCACAAGCCUAUUUCAAACUGCGGGGGGUCAAGGGGGGCUACCAGGAGAGCAGCCUGCUCCGAGAACUCGUCACUCUCAAUGACCUGGAACCGAAAGCUGCUAAUUGCACUAAGAUUCUCGUGUGGCACACAAGGACAGAAAAACCUGUCCUGGUGAACGAAGGCAAGAAAGGCUUCACAGAUCCAAAUGUGGAAAUCUGACAUCCUCUACAACACUGGCACUUGGAUAAUUCAAGGCCCUACAGGAACAAAGAGGCAGCAUCUCAGAACCUAACCUUCAGACAUGAUUUCUUGUUCCUGCUAACUACAGUGAAAAUAACUGACUACCACAAUUGUAUCUUUUAAAGCACAGAUUGGUUCAACAAGGCAAUAUCUCUCGGUAUUUUGUAUGUAAAGCUGUUCGUGAUUGUAACAAAGACAGGAAGUGAAACAGCGGAACGUCGACGCAUCUGUUCUCAAGACACACACACACACACACACACACAAAAAGAAGAGAUGCGAGGUCCCUGACUCUUCCCAGCACAGGAGUGUAGUAACGAAAAAGACGCACUGGACUGGCGCAUACCUGCUGAACGAGGGAGGACGAAUCAUUUCAAUUUGGUUGAUCUUUAAAUAAAUAAACUCACAGACAGAACUCUUUUCAGAGAUUAACACCUACAUAGAAGAGUUUUUUUUUUAACUUAACACAAUGUCUUCUUUUCAUUUAAUGUCCUUUUGUCCAUUGUGUUCACUCACUUGCUAGUUCAGAAAAACUGACUUCUUGUUCUCUGCUUGACUAAAAUACAGGUUCUCAAAGUGUU